CUGUCAUUGGCAGAAUACAUCCUUUGAAAAGUGGAAACGUAAUAUUACGCGGAGAGAGAGAGAGAGAGAGACAAGAAGUCCCAAACGCAUUGGACACAGUCUUUCUCUUUCUUUUCAUUUGCUAACCUAAAAAGAAGAGAAAACAAGCGAUGGCUGCACCGCCAGCAAGGGCCCGUGCUGAUUAUGAUUACUUGAUUAAGCUUCUCUUGAUUGGGGAUAGCGGUGUGGGGAAGAGUUGUCUGCUUUUGCGUUUUUCUGAUGGUUCCUUCACAACCAGUUUCAUUACCACCAUCGGCAUUGAUUUCAAGAUAAGAACCAUUGAGCUUGAUGGUAAACGGAUUAAACUACAAAUAUGGGAUACAGCAGGCCAGGAACGUUUCCGAACUAUCACAACAGCCUAUUACCGAGGAGCCAUGGGGAUUUUGCUCGUUUAUGAUGUUACUGAUGAAUCAUCUUUCAACAAUAUUAGGAACUGGAUUCGCAACAUUGAACAGCAUGCUUCUGACAAUGUCAACAAGAUACUGGUGGGAAACAAAGCAGACAUGGAUGAGAGCAAAAGGGCUGUGCCUACCUCCAAGGGUCAAGCUCUUGCAGACGAGUAUGGGAUCAAGUUCUUUGAAACUAGUGCUAAGACAAAUUUGAACGUGGAGGAGGUUUUUUUUUCAAUUGCAAGGGAUAUCAAGCAAAGGAUCUCGGAAACUGAUUCCAGGGCAGAGCCUCAAACAAUCAAGAUUAACCAACCAGAUCCAUCAGCCAGUGGUGGCCAAGCUGCCCAAAAGUCAGCUUGCUGUGGUUCAUAAAAGGGAGAAUCAAAAUAUGGACCGAGAGGGAAGGUUAUGCAAGUGGCACCCAUUGGGGUGUCGGAUUAAUGCUGAUGACGAUGUGCUGGGUGCAUGUGUUGUGCCCUGUUAUUUUUCCAGAAUACCAACCUUAGUGUGUUUAAAGCAGUAUUUCAAUAUGUGGAAUUUAUAACAUAUCUUUUCCCUUUCUGUCGCUUGGGGCUUGAACUCAUUUACUGGCUCAAUGUAGAUGGAUUAUCCAAAUCUAGCUCCCAUUUCCUAUAAGAUGCCUGGUGCUCGUGUUUGUCAGAAUUUGUAAUCUUGUUUGUGCGCAUCUUUGAAUGCCAUCAAUCAAACAAUCUACUGGUAAGUUCGUUGUUGAA